ACUAGCCAAAACUAAUCGGAUCUAACUUGUGCAGUCAAAUGCUCGGAUCUGAGCUGGGUUUCUAUCGGAACACUAGCACGAUUCUGUUACCGGAACACGGCCGAAAUUACGCUCUGGCAAACUGGCAAGUGCCGCGUCUUCCUGUAUCUCGUCUGUCGUGUCGCAACUUAUAUGAUACAAGAAAACGGUUUUCCAUACUGUUUCCCACGAGAUCCGCUAGAGCCCGUUGGCUGGGUCCUUUUCGCGUGACUCCGCCCUUGUAGUGCACCGCGCGCGCCGUAAUUCUCAACACGGCGGAGGCGGAGCAGAGUUUAGUCGGGUAUCGGGCUCGGGUCGUUCGGGUUAUUCGUCGGGUUAGUCUCUGUCCUUUUUUCGUGGUUACGGUUUGGCACGUUCGGACGUCGCCGUGCCACAGCGGUCCAUCAAUGAAUAAUCGGAUCGUUUCCCGCACACUGAGAACCACUGACGUCCCGUAUAAUUCAUGCCAAGGCGGAGACGAGCGCUCCGUAGGUGUGUGAUGUGGUUCAAUUCGGAUACUUCCUCGAACGUUGCUCGGGGAUAUUCGGGGAUUGUACGCGGAAUAUCUGCCGGGAAUAAUGGUGGUAACGGCCCGUUGAAAGCACGGGCGACGCGAACACGAUCGUAACGACGGGAGGUGGUGCCGGUGAACGAGCCAGUGUUGUUCGGUGAUCAAUGAACUCUGCGUUGCUGUAUGUUUGGGGCGUGCUGCCACUGUUACCUAUUAAGCCGGCAGACGUACGUAUCCAAGAAUGUAUACACAUGACUACGUAAUAGGAAAUUCUACACAAAAUUUUCACUAGGAAAAUAACGAUAAGCGGUCAUUCUACGGUCGAAGUUAGAUGACUAAAAAUGAAUGAUAUAGAAAGUAUAAGCAUGAAGGGCAGCGGAGGUUCCAAGAUGCCUCAUAGUCAUUCGACUCCAGCCGGUGUGGAUGGGGGUAGUAGAACUCCUCCUACGACACCCAGAAAGGCUGGAAAAAUGCUUGCUGUUCGUGUACAAAUGUUGGAUGAUACGAUUACCAUGUUUCAAGUUCAGGCAAAAGCGCUAGGCAGGGUAUUGUUUGAUCAAGUCUGCAAACAGUUGAAUCUUCUGGAGGCUGACUAUUUCGGACUCGAGUAUCAAGAACCUAAUGGGACUAAAUACUGGUUGGAUCUGGAGAAGCCCGUUUGCAGACAAGUUGGACUGUCGUUGAUAGAUCCUCUUUUGAAAUUUUGCGUGAAAUUUUAUACACCGGACCCGGCGCAGCUGGAGGAGGAGUUCACGAGAUAUUUAUUUUGCCUUCAAAUCAAGCGAGACUUGGCCCAAGGUCUGCUACAAUGCAACGACAACACGGCAGCCUUGAUGGCCAGCUAUAUCGUUCAGGCGGAAUGCGGAGAUUAUGUAAUAGAAGAUUAUCCGGAUCACACUUACCUAUCGACAUACAAAUUUGUACCUCACCAGGAUCAAGAGCUGGAGCGUCGCAUCAUGGAGAACCACAAGAAACACGCAGGCCAAUCGCCGGCGGAGGCUGACCUGAAUCUCUUGGAGACAGCGCGUCGUUGCGAGCUGUACGGAAUGAAAAUGCAUCCGGCAAAGGACCACGAGGGUGUGCCCCUGAAUUUGGCGGUGGCGCACAUGGGGAUCGUGGUCUACCAGCACUUCUCGAAAAUUAACACGUUCAGCUGGGCGAAGAUCCGCAAGAUCAGCUUCAAGAGGAAGCGGUUCUUAAUCAAACUCCACCCUGAAGGAUACGGUUAUUACAAAGACACGGUCGAGUUCUUCUUCGAGGGUCGCAACGAGUGCAAGAACUUCUGGAAGAAAUGCGUGGAGAACCACGGGUUCUUCCGUUGUUCCGUGGUGAAGCGGGUCGUGCGGCAAAAGACACGAGUGCUCAGCCGUGGUUCCUCGUUUAGGUAUAGCGGCAAAACCCAGAAGCAGAUCGUCGAGUUCGUGCGCGACAAUUACGUGAAGAGGCAAACGUUUCAGAGGUCCAAUUCGUUCCGGCAGACUAGCGGUGGUAGGGCAUUGCAGGGCUUGGAGGGGGGAGGCUAUCGUGGGGCCACUCCAAGCAGCUCCCUUAUGGGCAGCUCCAGCAUCUCUGCCCACCCCCUCCUGCCCCUCGGCGAUCCUGCCCUGGAAACCCCAGCUCUGUCUCUGUCAUGCGGCUCGAUGACACUGGAUUCUCCGACGACUGUGACGAGUGUCUCGAUGGGAGGGACGAUUCACCGUCGCGACGACACAGCUACAUCGUUUCGGACGCUUACGUCCAUCGACGUCCAUUCGCCGGCCACACCCAGCCAGGCACCAGCGCCUCGUCAGCAAACGAUGCUUGUUACCAGCCAACAGCGGAUCUCAUCAGCAGGUCGUAUCAGCCCCUCUAACAGCAGUCCCCCUGAAUUCCCACCGCCGCGACCCCAGCCCCGACAUCCCUGGCAGCGAUCGGCGAGCUGCCGCGAGCUGUACGCGUCCAGUUUCGAGGAUUCAGGUAGAGCGCGUACGAGGGAGGACGAGAAACCGUCCGCGGACGACUCGGUCCCGUUGCUAGAACCGUUCCGGUUGCCGUCGCAGGGCGAGCUGGACAAUCCGGUGACUAGGUACGACGAGAGCAAUCGGUCGUACAGCGCCGCCAGCUCGAAACUGCCUUCGCUGGACCACGACUCGGUACCGGACCGCGUCUACAGCAGUUCCUAUCCGGGUACCUCGUCGCUGUCCACCGAAUCCGGCCACGAGGAGUCCGGCCCCGCGGGAGAUUUGUCACACGACGAUCUGUCCCACGAUUCGUACGAGCUUCUGGAACGCGAGCACGAGUUUGAGUACCCCGAGUCCUACUCCAGCCCUCGGGACGACGAGGACGAGGAGGAGGAGGAGGAGGAGGAGAACGAGAAUGCUCGUCCGGGCCGGGACGGGACCGACGAGAUCGAGAUCGAGCCAGAGCCGAUCUCCGAUCGGAGCGACGAGGGGAUCGAGCGCGAGAUGUUCCAAAUGGACACCGAGACCGAUUCCUUCGUCAAGCACCGGUCGGUCAGGUCCUCGGACAAGCAACACUUCAAAUCCGUGCUCGCCGACCUGAAGAACCAGACUCGAACCAAGUCCAUCGAUCGGUACACACCGGCGGUCGCGAAACUCGACACCGAAUUGAUCGCCGUCGAGUCGCGGAUCCAGCGAUCCAGCACCCAGAUCGAACGGAAGUUCGAGAUGCGUCACGCGAAUUCCGUCGACCAACAACAACAACAACAAACGGUCGUUCAGCUGCAACCGCAGCCUGCCCAACCGACGCCGCAGCAACAGCAACAAGCGCUUCUCGCGAAGCUGUUGCCGUUGCCGCACCAAGAUUCCGCGCGGAAAGACCCGAUCGUCUCGCAGAUACAAAAGCAAAAGAUGUCCGUGCUCAACGAGCUAAAGAGCCUCAGGCCGAAGUACCAGCGUAUCACUCACGUCGACUCGGAGAUAUUAAGGGACGAGGGUAUCAUGCGGCCGAAAUCGCGGAUCGACGACGACGAAGUCAGCCCGGUCGAAACGAGCGGUAGAGCGAACGCGUCGGACCGUCGGCCGAGAACGGUGCGGGCCCGUAGUAUCGCGAGCUUAGAGGAUCACGCGGCGUCUUGCGUCCACGUGGACACCGGUAGCCUAGGUAGGGAGCUGAGGAGUAGUCGCGACAGGAAGUUUAGGGAGUCCUCGAUCGAGGCUAGGCUGGACGCUACUUUGUCCAGGUUGCAGGAGAAGGAUCGCAGGGACCGGGAGGACCGGAAACGGGUGGAGAGGGAGUACUCCAGGGAUUACGGGAAAAGGGGGGAGAAGCUUGGAACGGGGGACGCGCGGGAGAGACGGUCGAUCGAGCGACUGGACUCGCGGGAGGCUCGCAAAGACCAUCAUUGUCGCCGAUCGGAUCGCGGCGCGGAUCGGGUCGAUCCUCGGGAGCUUCGCAGAAGCAUCGAGAGGCUGGACUCGCGAGAGAGGAGCUACGAGCGGCUGGACUCGAAGGAGAAGAGCUCGCGGCACGAGCCUAACGAGACGCGCCGCAAGAGCUACGAGCGGCUGGACUCGCAGGGUCUGCGUGGCAGCUCGGAGUACUUGAACAGAAGCCCGAAGGAGCGGAGCAAUCAUCGGCACGCGGACCGCCGCGAGAGGAGCACGGACCGGUUGGAUUCGAGGGAGAAGCGGGCUCUGAUCGGCAGGAGCAACACGGUGGACUACAACCAGAGGCACACGUGGGAGCGAUUCGAGCCCGGGCACAGGAGCAGCCCCGCAGAAAGGUCCUACGGCAGGGAGCAGCGCGGCCGGAGCGUCGAGAGGCUCGACUCGCAGGAGAGGCCGAGCUUCGACUUCGUUCCGGUGACGAUGGAGCGGUUCGAGCCGUACGGAAGCCACGACCGACCUCCGAGGGACCGGAAGAGCCUCGAGAAGCUGGAGUCGCGGGAGCGCAGACACGCGGACAGGAUCGAGCAGUGGGAGAGAGGCAGACACGCGGAGAGCGCGAGGUCUGGCAGAAGCCUCGAGUGUCUCGAGCACGAGGUGUACGAGUGGCGGCGUGGCAGCGUCGAGAAGAUCGAGCACAAAGAGGCGAGAAAGAGCAAGUCGGCCGGGACCAGGUUCGAGAGGGGCAAGUCGGAGGAGAAGCCGAGGGAGAGGGACGACUGGAGGAGCCUGGAGAAAGCGAGGAAGGACGACGAGAAGCGGGAGAGGGAGCGGCAGGCGAGGCUGUCGCUGGAGUCCAGGACGGACACGGUGAUCGGUGUGCCGAUGGAGAUGGAGAACCUGAAGCCGAAGGCCGUGUUCUCCGAGUACGAGCCGAAGAUCGUCGGCGGCGUGGUCCUGGGAUUCGACGACACGAUCCCCGGCCACACGCCCGUCGAGCGUACCAAAAGCGACCCGAACCCGGCGAGGCAGAGACUGGGCUCGAACAGCAAGCGGCAUAUCCUGAUGCAUCAGAAGUCGAUCGACCUGACCCCGGCCGACUCGGGCGACGAGGACCCGUUCUCGGACAGCGCGGCGAUGCAGAAGGCCAACCAGGAGAUACCGUACACGCUGCACAAGCGGCACGUGAUGAACGGCACCGCCUCCGACGAGAAGUCCGAGUCCGACAGCGGCAAGACCUCGAAGAAGCCCACGGUGACCAAGGACCUGCCCAAGCUGCCGCUCAAGAUGAUCGCGGACAUCACCUGCUUCGACCUGUCGAAGCUCUCCCCGGUGGAGAAGUCGGCCGCCAAGACGUUGCCGGAGAAACCGAAGGUAACCACGCCCACCAGGCCGAAGUCGAUCCUCAUCAGCCCGUCCGACAAGCCGAAGAGCAUUCUCAGCCCGACGUCGAAGCUGUCGCCGACAGACGCGAAGACCAUGGUCUGCAGUUUGUCGCCGACCUCGAGGAGUCCGUCGAAAGCAGGGUCGAAGGCGCCCUCGCCGGAUAAACAGUCGCCGAGGUCGGCCUCGUUCGACAGAGGGCGGACCGAGAUCGUGAUCGAGGACCGGGUCUGCAAGUCGUCCAGCCUCGACAAGCGACCCUCGCCGUCGAAACUGUCGCCGAUCGAGCCGAACGUGACCAUCGUCUCGGCGAUCAAGAAGCGCUCGCCCAAGGUGUCGCCCACCGAUCCGGACAAGACGAUCGUGUCCGUGAUCCAGAAGAAGCGGUCGCCGGACGGCGCCAAGACCACCCUGGCCGGCCAGAGAUCUCUGGACUCGAGGUCGAAGCCGCUGAACCUGGCGGACGUGGUCGGCCUCGAGAUGAAGAUGAAGCUGGAGCGUAAGGCUAAGUCUGAGAUCGAGAAGGACAGCCUGAAGACGCCGGACCUCAGUCUCGAGAAGCAGGACAGCAUCGAGAAGAUCCCUCUGCCGGAGAUCCCGUUGCCACCGGUGAUCGACAACGAGGUGGCGCCCUUCGAAGCUGUUCCAGCGCCGGUCGUCGAGGACUCUUCGACCAAGCGUCCAGAGGACACCAAGGUCCCGCAGGAGAAACCGGUUCCUCCGCCGGUUCCGACCACGCCGCCGAUCAUCUCCGAGAAGCCGAAGGUACCUGAGAAGCCGAAGAGUCUCGAGAAGCUCAGCAUCCCGGAGAAGACCAAGCGUAUUCUGGAGAAGAUCGAGUCGAAGAGGACGAGGACCGCUCGACCGAAGAUCAUCGACACCGGUUUCGACGAUUUCGUCGACCCAGUCGCUGAUCUACCGUUGGACGAGGUUCCCGUGAAACCGGCGCUGGAGCUGGACAGCCUGAAGGUGCCAGAGUUCGUCCCGUUCGCCUCGAGACCUCACGGCGAGCCUUUGCGCUCCAAGUCUUUGUCGCUUGCCGAGGAGAAGGCGCCGAUCGACACGCUGCUUUCGCCGGAGGUUGAGAACAAGCACUUCGUGCCGGACGUGUCGCCGAAGCGGGCCAGGCGUGUCAAGUCGGAGCCGAAGAAGGACUUCAAGAAGCAGUCGAAGUCGUUGGAGGGCGACAAGCCGCCGCUGAAGAAGUCCGCGUCGAAGGAGUCGCGCGCGCCGACCGCCAGCACCUCCAAGAUCGACAAGUCGAAGCUGAAGCUGGGCGAGAUGCCGCAGGAGAUCAUCAUCAUCGACUCGACGGACCACCCGACGGUGCCCGAGGUCAGUAUCGUGCAGAAGGCCAGGUCGAAGUCCGUCACCAGGUUGACGGAGAAGGCGCACUCGGCCUCCAAAGAAGAGAAGGACGAGGUGCCGAAGAGCGGCCGAGCCAAGUCGGCUUCGGUGGACGACGAUCUUAUCAAGGUGGUCGCGAAGAUGGAGAAGGCUCGGCCGAAGUCGCUGGGGAUCUCGAAGUCACUGGGGAGCACCGAGAAGAAGGACUCGACGGAAAAGAUAUCCCCGAAGAGAACAGUCGCCGCGAAGGCCGCCUCGAAGUCCGCGGACGUGAAAUCGCCGUCUUCGAGGGAGCUGCCGAAGCUUCCACGGCCCAAGGCCGACUCUGAAGAGCGGCAGGUGUCACCCUCGGAGACUGUGCGAGCGAUUGCUCGCGAACCCGAGCCGAAGCAGGAGCCCGAAGAUUUGCCGCAACAACAACAACAGCAACAACAACAGGUGGACGCUGGGAAAUCCGUGGAGCCGAGCAAGGAGGUGAAAGAAGUGAAGGAGAUAAAGGAAAUGAAAGAGGUGAAGAAAAGCGUCGUUCCUCAGGAUCUAACUCAGUCGCCGGUGGUUCUGCGGAGACCGGGUCAAACUCCGGUUCUCUUUGCACGCGCUCGCUUGGGUCUCUCGGAGGGUAGCGGGAUCGGCGCGCUGCAGAGGCAAGGUGCGACCCAGUCGCCGACUUCCCAGAGGAGGGCGAAGUCCUUGGACGCCGCGGUGAUCGCCGUGCACCGUCUACCGCCGGCGAACGCGUUCUCCAGCAAGGACGACACCGUGGAGGAGGACAAGGAGGAGCAGCCGGAGACCCAGGAGAUCAAGGCGCGGCCGACGGAGGCGGUUCUCGUGGUCAGUUCGAAGCCGGCUUCGCUUCAGGUGGAGGCGUCGCCGAACCACAGAUCCGACAGCACCGAUCACACCACCAUCCCGGAGAUUUUCACGGACUCUUUGUCCGUCACGGAGACGUCCGCUCAGUACUUGGAGUCGCCGCUCACCGAGUGCAACGAGAUCGUCGCGACGGUCGACCUGAUCCCGUACGAGAGGGACGUGGCGCACGCGGUGGAACAGGAUAAGGAGGACGAAGAAGCGCCGGCGAUCAGGCUGGAGACCGUGAAAGUGGACGAUGGGACCAGGUUCAUCGAUCAGAGCUCUGUCGAGUCUGGUGCCGAGCUGGAGGCCGCGCCGGAUGCCGUCGCGCAGCCGCAGAAACUCGACGACGACGCGAAGACCUUGGAGACCUCGGCCGAGGCUGUCUGCGUCGUUGUCGCGACCGUCGCAGUCGAGAAAGAAGCGGAACCGGUCGAGGAACACGUCCCGGAGACCGUUCGCGAGGAGGCUAGGCCGGAAAGAGAAGAACUGCCGGACGUGACGGUGACGGUGAGCGCGGCAAGGGACGACGGAGAGACGCGCGAAUACACUGGCAGACCGUUGGACCUCGACGACGGCCAGGACAUGGUGAAAUCCCCGAUUCAGAUCUCCAUCGAGGAGUGCUCGGACGACGAGGGGGGCCGCAGCGAGGAGCAGGACGACGAUUAUCGAGAGUUGGAGGAUCAGGAGGGCGACGACAACCGUCCAUUGGACUCGGGCGACACCAGCGAGGACACUCUGGACGCUCUGGACACGCAGAUGCGCACCAGAGGCAUGGACAGCGAGCCCAGCUCGCCGGACUACGGCGUCGAUAGGAUGGACGAGAAGACUCUGGUCGAGGUGGAGUUGACGCCCGAGUAUCUCGAGGCGAGACGAGGAGAGGACGAGGAGGUUCCCGCGGAGGAGCUGCCGGAGGACGAGCCGGUGGAGCAUCGGCAGCCGACGAUCGAUCGGUUGUCGAUCGACAAGAAGUUGAGGCUGAGCAGCGAGCGGUCGAGGAGCGAGGAGACCAACACCUGGACGCCGGACCGGGAGGAUCCAGAGUCGAGCUCUUGCUCGAUCGCUAGGCCUCUGGGGAUCGGGCAGAUCCAGCCGAUCGUCGAUCGCAGGGAGCUGGCCGCUAUGAGAGAAGCCCGCAGCGCCGGGUCCCAGGAGGAGGAGAACGGCAGCGUGCAGGGUCCGAGGCCGGAAAUGAGUUCCACCUGGAAGUCAUUCCCGUUGGAGAGCUCCGGGAGCUCGAGCAUAGAAGAGGGCUGGGCGCCGCAGGACGAGAACAACGCCGUUCAGUCGCAGUCCGAGGACAGCAACGGACAGAACGAGGACAGCUUCCAGGAGGACCUGGCGGACUUCCCGGGCACCUUCGUCUACCCGAUCGGGCCGGACAUUUUGACCAGUUGCGGCACGUUCGCGUUGACCCGCACGCUCUCGAGGAUAUCGGAGAGGUCGACCACGUCGGAGCAGGACAAGAGCGACCUGGAGGACUCGUUCAAACCCAGCUCCAGGUCGCCGAGCUUGGACGACGAGUCCCUGAUGUCCAGCGACCAUCAACCGUCCCUCUCCUCCGACCCGCCGUCGGGAACCGCACUGCCGUCCGUCUCGGACGACCGUCGCACCUCGUCGGAGCUGCCCGACAUCCCCAUCGACGUGCCCGGCGGGAACGGGCAGGAGGAAGACCUCAGGUCGCCCAAGUCCGCCGGCAGGUCGAAGCUGCAGACCCAGAGUUCCGAGGACUGGCCAUCCCCGCCGAGUUCGCCGGUGUUCGAGCCGCCGGUGGUCAGCCACGUGGAGACCUUCUACAUGGAGAUCAAGCCGGAGGAGGCGGUCAAGGUCACCGUGACGGACAGCACCGACACGCCGGGCCGCGUCGACCGCGACAGCGACUCCAGCGACGAGAACCGCACCCUCCACGACGACCUGCACUCGACGUUCCUGGAGGACGGGCAGAGCUCCACCUCCGGGACCACCGUGGACGGCACCGUGAAGGUCGUGGUGAAGCCGAAGUCGAACUCGUACAUCACCGGCUCCUCCCACAGCGAGGACACUUCCAUGGGGCUGUCGAUGUCCGAGUGGUCCAGCUCGAACAACACCGUCCGCCAGUAUUGCCAGUACUCCGGCGGCACCAAGUCCGACGACAAUUCCCUGGCGGAGCUGGGCGCCUCGAUCUCCGACUGGUCCGGCAGCACCACCGUGGUCCAGCAGCAGUACUACUCGUCGGCGAUCAUCGUCGAGAAGAGCCAGAGCGACACCACCACCUCGGACAAGAGCGUGACCAGCAUGCGACCGAACUCCAAGUGCCGAACGGUCGACAGCCCGCCGACCGCGCCGUCUUCGCCGCCUCUGCCACCGCCGCCGCCCCCGGAUUCGCCACCCCUCACCCCACCACCCGGCAUCGUACCCGGGCUACUGUUCGGCGAGGACGUCGUGUCGCCGUGCGACGAACGGCGCGCCUCGGACCGGAUCACGAGAGACGAGCAGCUGGACGAGGCCAGACGGUUCAUCGAGAGCCAGUUCGACGAGCAACGACGCCUGGCGUCCCGUCGCUUCGACGAGGAUCAACAGCCACCGGGAAGCGGCGCCAGGGGCUCCUACGUCGACAUCUCGCCGCCCAGGAUCACCCUGAGGAACGAGUUCGACGAGACGGUGGACGAGGACUUCCGCGCGGUCUUGUCCGACGACGGGGACGCGCCUCCUCUGCCUAUCCUCGAGGAGGAGGAGGAGCUGGACGACGAGGACCGGCUCUACGACAACGUGCCCGCGAUGAAGUACUCCAGCGGCGACCAAGUGCGCAUGGAGGUGGGCAGGGGGGACAGCUCGGAGGACAUGCACGAGAAGUACGCGAACCUCGCGGCCUUAGGCUCGCGGAGCCCGAGGGACGACGAGUGGUCGUUCGAGGAGGAGCGCAGGGACCAGCCGGCCCCGCCGCCGCCGCCGCCGCCGCAGCUGUCUCGCAAGGAGAAGACCGUCCAUCACGGCUCGGCCUCCAAGUUCGAGAGAGGAUUCUCCGAGCCGGCCGAGAUGACCAGGUACCACGAGACCAGGUCCACCGAGAGGCCGGUGGUGGUGCCGAUCAGGGCGAAGUCGACGCCGUAUUACUCGACCACGAGCCUGAGCGGCGAGUCGACCACUUCCAGCCCGCCGAUGCCGAUCCGAACGCAGAUCCGCACCAAGACGAUGCCUUUCCCGUCGAGCAGGAGCCCCCAGAGCGAGGGCGACACCUCCUCGAGCAUGGACAGCCCCGUGCACACGCCGAUCCGCGGCCAGAUCACUGUCCGCCGGCGCAGGCGCGAGAACCUGAAGAGGCGGCACCGCGUGGUGGUCGACCUCGAGGUCAAGGACGGCCAGAUCGUGUCGAGCACCGACUCGAGCUUCGACGUGGCCAGCCACGACGUCGACGACGACGAGGAGGAGGUCGAGGAGGAGGAGGACGAGUACCUGGAGACGCAGGACGAGCGGGAGGCCCGCCGUCAGCAGCGUUGACCGCUCGACCGGGCAGCUUCUUCAUGGCCGGGUCCCUCGAUAUGGUGACACAUGGCUCUCCUGGUUAUAAUACUCGCUUCCGGUUCCUCGCACUCCGUUUCCCGCGUCGGCGCGCGCUCCGCUCGACUCCGCUUGACGCCGGGCUCGGCCGGAACGCGGUUCGCUCAAGCGAAAUUUCUCUUCUGUGGGGCAUUUCGUACACGCGUAGUAGACACACGCGCGCAUACACACACAUAGAAACAUAAUACACAUAACACACACGCGCACACGUAUACAUAUACAUAUACACACAACUUCCGAUCCUCGGAAUUGAGCGUAGUCUUCACACUCCUUGCAUCGGUGGACCGGGUCCCCCCGUCGCCCGUAACGGGGAGGGGGGCCCGUGAAACGGUGAACGAUCUAGUCUAACGUAUCUCCCGUUAAGAGUAUAUAAUUAUCUACGGUUUGUUACGCGUUUUAGAAACUCGAUUUACUUUGAUAUCGUCGUUGACCGCGUGUAGGAGGUGGUAAAUAACGUAAAAAAGAAAAAAGAAGAAAAACUUAUAAACGAGAGCCGAUGAUACGAAUCGAACGAUGCUACACCACACCUAUUAACGAUAGUUAGUAUGUAAUGGAUGCGACGAACGGUCGAAGACCGGGACAAAAAACACAGGACGCCGUAUAAAAUACGCGCCGGCAUUCAACGAUUGCGAAUCGUGCCGGGAUUACUGAGAAUUAAUAUAUAGGUGACGGGGGCGGGGGUUACCUCGGGGUGGGGUUGGGGGUGCUUUUCAUCGUCGGGUGGACGAUAUUGCGAGAUGAAAUUGGGAUAAACGAGUUGAACGCGCGACGCUGUUCGAGUUUUACGAGAACGACAAUCAAUUGGUCGGAUGUAAGAGAGAGCAUCGUCGGGAGUGGGCCCGUUCGGAGGCAUGUCUUAAAUUGCCUCGUUUCCGUUCGAGAAUCGUAUCUUCGACGGCCGGUCUUAUACAAUACGGUCGUAGUUAUUUAGGUUCGUGUCUCUCUCGUUUCUAGGAACGAAUGGACAAGUUGCUCAACGUAGAUAUCGUCGACGGGAUAAAACGAUUCUCGCGUGUACACCCACGCCGUCGUGUCCGCCUCUCUUGGCUCUCGCUUCGCUUCGUUUCGUUAACGUUACGUUUACGUUGCGUUACGUUUCGUCACGUCUCGUCGCGUCUCGUCCCCUGUCGGCGAGAGACGAUCUCGACGGGCAAACAUCGAACGGAUCGACGAAAACGGUUGCUGCGACCAACGAUCCCCCGGGGCCCGGCGAGCUUCUCUCGGGCCUCACUCGGCUAGCGUUUCGCUCGGUUCGGUUCCACGAUUACUCGGAUCGUUUCGUUUUUCGGUUUCGCCGUUUUGCCGGCCAGUGCGCGGACCAGCGAGUCGGUUAUUUUUUCCAACGAAAGCGGGACCGUGCACGAGGUCCCCGCGACAAUUCGCUUUUCGCGCGUCCUCGGGGGUAGGAAAGUAGACACAUAUCAACGACGUCCGCGACUGAUCGGAGAAACACUAGGUCGGCCCACGGGUUCGUCUGGAUUUAUUUGGUACAUCCGCUUCUUUGCAGCUUUGUUCGCAAUCGAUCCAGCAAGACUGCACUUUCUCGCCUCGCAUCUUUCAAGCGAAAAUUUUCAUUACUUUACU